AGGCUGGGGCACCUUUCUUUGCGGGCGCUGACGUUGCAAAGGCCUGGCUUGGCUGACAGAACCCUCUGCAUCUUCUCCGUGGCCUGCAUCUGGCCGCCCGCGCAUCAUCGGACUCCUUCAUACCCGUACACCUCUACAUACGCAUGAUAAGAGGGAGUGUUCCGCGGCGGGAAGAAGGAGACAGCUUCCACUACGCGGCCUGUGCUGACUUAGCAGGGCCUGAUUCAUCGACGUGAGACGUACACCCGUCCGUCUGCUGCCUAUACUUCUAGGUAUCUUCUGUCCACCUCCUCCUAUCCUUUCACCCACUCUUGCUUCUUCUCCCUCUCCCUUCCCUGUGAAGCCGCCCUGCCUCUCCCUCUCUAUCCCCUCCUCCCCGUCGGUGGACCGACGAGUUAGAUCAUGACACCUCGAGGUCUCGACGCAUAUGGAUCCUCGCUUUCGGUAAUCCAUAGUAUUGCGGCUUUUUGCUGCCGUUGACUCUAGAACUCCCUCCCUCUCUCCCCCUCCCAAACUACAUAGCAAUUCUCGUCGACUCUGCGUCGCAGCCCCAUAUUCUCUCUCGACCCUUCCGACUGCGUUCAAACGGCACCAUCAUGGUUGGACCCCCGAUCCCUCCGACUCUCGGCGCUCUCUUAGCACCCGGGACGCGUGCUGUCGCUCCACGACGCCCAGUGGCUCCUCCGAUGCGAGGCGCCGGGCUAUACUCGAGACAGGCAAUCCGACUGCAGUGCCGAUCGCACCACGGCUCCCUCAUAACUUCUCGACUCUCGCCCAGUGCCGGAUUGCAUCGCCGUCCUUUUACGUCCAGUACUCCGACGGCAGCGGGACUCGAGGGGGCUAAAGCCGCUCCCAAGAAGGAAUCCGACUCAGAUUCUACCGCGAGCACCGCGAGCACCGCGGGCACUCUAGAUGGAUCCCAUCCGCAAUCCCCCUCGCCCGCCACCGAAUCGUCGGGGUUCGAUUGGGAGGACCAGCCCAACUUUCAAAUAAAGAAAUUUACCGAACUGCCCUACACAAACUUCGGGGUGAACCAGCACAUGAUCAUAAACCAAGAAUUAAAGGAGGCUCUGCGUCAGCUGCUGUGGAGAUUUCGUGCUCCGAUUCGGUAUGCCUUCGCGUACGGUUCCGGCGUCUUCCCCCAAUCGACGGGCAGUACGGCAACCGAGGCCGAGGUAAAAGCCGUCCACCCAAGAGCGCCGCUAGCCGUCCAGAGGGCCCAGGAUGGCUCGCCCAAGAUGAUCGACUUCAUAUUUGGCGUGUCCCACACCCAGCAUUGGCAUUCGUUGAACCUCAUGCAGCAUCGCGACCACUAUUCCAUGCUCGGGUCCUUGGGGUCGGCGGCGGUGACGGCGGUGCAAGAUAAAUGGGGAGCCGGUGUUUAUUUCAACCCUUACGUCACCAUCGACGGCAUAUUAAUCAAGUAUGGUGUCGUCAACAUCAAUACUCUGUGCAGAGAUCUGGCCGAGUGGGACACCCUGUAUGUUGCCGGUCGUUUGCACAAGCCGGUGAAGAUCCUCCGAGACGAUCCCAGAGUUCGCCUCGCCAAUCAGAUCAACCUCCUCUCGGCCCUGCGAACGGCUCUCCUACUUCUUCCUCCGACCUUCACCGAACAAGAGCUAUAUGCGACGAUUGCCGGCAUAAGCUACUUAGGAGACCCGCGGAUGAGGUUUCCCACCGAGAAUCCCAAAAAGGUUUCCAAUAUCGUCAACCACAACAUGCUAAAUUUCCGACGGCUUUACGCGCCUCUUGUCGAGGCUCUCCCCAACGUGGUGUAUGAUGACCCGGCCUGUAGCGAUCCAGACUGGAUCGAAAACGCGGGUUCCGUCUUGAAGCUCCAGCAAGACAUGAAUCCCAUCAAACGUGGCAAUAUGGUGCGCCGUCUGCCCAAGGCCUUCCGCGCGAAGCUGUACUUCGAGUACCAGAAGAAAUUCCAGAUUCCUCAGCUCGAGUUCGACAAGAUGAUGGAGGAGAGCAAAAACGAGGACGCCAACUCGUUCAAGAGACAGCAGGGCGGCGGGUUCGAGCAGCGCAUCGCGCAAGACGCGCCCGAAUCCCUCCGGAGCCACGUCCGCGACGUCAUCAAGAAGACGAUCAACUGGCCGGGUACCACGCAAAGCAUCAAGAGCUUCUUCACGGCCGGCGUCCGCCGAAGCGUCCGCUACCUGAGCGAAAAGGUUUCCAAGUACCGGGAGGGCGGCGGCGCCGAGAGGGACGACGAGAAGUUCCCUUAAGCUUCGCCCUUUCGUGCAAACCCAGCCGGGACUGUCUGGCCACACGCGUUCAACAUCGCGCCGCCUUGAGCUACCAGGCCGAGCAAUGUCCGUUCGAGGCUAGAUGAUUCUCACCAUAAUUUGUGUAAUAAUUACGGUCUAUGCGAGCAGGCCCAUUUUCUUCCCAAAUUGGGGAGAAACAUGACUUAAUACAGAGGUAUGAGAAAGGACUGCGGUUCGAGGCCGUCGACGUGACAUGCGUCUCCGGAAUCCAGGUUAAGAUUUACGGUCAACGUCACGUCCCCUCAUAAUCCAAAAGGGGGAGGAGGGGAGGUUGGGUCAUAUUCAGCUUGGCCAGGUUAGAAGUCGGCGAGACGAGGACACGGCGAGCCUUCACCAGCUCGCACAUACAUGUUGAGGGAGGCAUAAACCUUGUAGCACUCCAUGCCAACCCCCCUAUUGCGCAGGUCGCUGGGCAAUUGCUCGCGGCGCAGUGGAUAUAGAUGUACGUACGUGUAUACAAUAUAGACGGCUACUACAGGUAGCGGCAGGAGUACCCGCCCAGAGGGAAAAAGGGGAGAUAAAAAAAGGCGAAACAGCAUGUUGAAUCUAAACUACCCAUU